AUGUCUUCUUACUCUUCCGGCAAGCGGCCUUCUGAUGCAGAAUGGCUGCAACACAUAUUCACCAUCGAACGCAUGUUCCUUGAGGAAAAGAAGUCUCUUGUCGAGACAAGACAGCGUCUGGAAAAUGACGGGUUCCCGGUUACCAAGGCACAACUCGAAUACAAGUUGAAGCUUUGGGGCUUUCGCAGAAGAAUACCCAAAAACAAGACCGAUGCCGUCUGGAAAUUCAUUGGUCGUCGUGUUCGGCGAAGGAAGGAGCAGGGCAAGGAAACCGAGGUCACUCUUGGCAAGGAAAUUGUCGAUGCUGCCAAGGUCUGCAAAGAGAUUAAGCGAUACCAAGAAACCAUGUUUGACAGGUUCAUCCAACGGAGUCCAACUCCCCUCGAAGGCGUAGAGAUUUCUCUUUACACCCCAGCACCACUGCCCGUACGAUUCUUAUGGCCACCUAGUCUUCCUUGGAGCAGGUUUCAAGACAGCUUUCUACUCGCAUUCUCUGCCCCCGGCUUGCUCAAGAACAUGAACAACAUAUCAAAGGAGUUGAGUUGCCGGAAGGACGACCUAUAUUUCACCUACAUGGUACGGUUAAUUGCUCCUCAAUAUGCGGCUGGAAGCAGCGUUAGUCAACUAGCUGCUGAAAUCGGAUCCACCUUGCCAGAGACUCACGAGAAUGAGAACUUUGAUCGGGCUAGUCGACUUCUCCAGGGCACGGCCGACGAACGAUACAGCGAAUAUGUCAAGAUGAUUCUGUACAAGAUUUCGAAUAAUCUGCUGUUAGCCGAUGAGAUACAAACCAACCAUGUCAAUCCGUGGCGGAACGCGAUUUCAGGUAAGGUCUCAUCGGCAUCCGAAGAAUGGGAAAACAUCACCGAGAUGCUGGAAACCUCGGGCAUCAUGAAGGCACCUUUCCAGCUCGGAAACAAUACAGACGCUACGACGACCGCAAUAAUGGAAAAGCUUUUUCAGAAUGCCUUGCGGAAUAUCGGACCGCAGCCACCCAACGACUCCUUGUCAAAAUCCUCAUGCGGAAGGAUCAUAGAAUGGUUAUUGCAGUCCGGCCAGAACCCGAAUAUACGGGUCCAAGACAUCAUGAAUAGGGCUAUAGGCUUCUCUGUAUCUAUUUGGACUCCAUUGCAAAUGGCAGCUCGAAUGAGAUCUUUGCAGCUGAUGUCACGACUUCUGGAUCAUGGGGCUUGUCCUAACUUGUCAUUUGAGCCCUGGGACGGGUUUGACGAGUUCAGGAGUCAGAUUGGGAGUGUCAAAGGUAUGCAUCCUUUGCUGGAAGUAGUUCGCCACUACAAUGACUUUGAUGAAGGUCGUUUGGGUAUGAUUGAACGCUUGCUGAAGAUGCGCUUGACCGUGUCCGUGGAUUCAAUUAUCAGAAUGAUGAUGAACUGCGGACGUUAUUUACCGAAGCUGAUGGAAGCGCUCAUUCGAAAUGGAGCUGAUAUAUUCCAAUCGAUAAGGGCCACAACUGGUCAUGCCUGGUUCAUCGACACUUUCAGCAUCAUUGGCUGCACGGCCAAUUACCACUGUGAACCGCAAGAAUUGCAUCCCUUCUUUCGCUUGCUAGAAGAUGCUGGGAUCCAGAAUCGGUUCCAAAUCCCGGAAACCGUCAACACGACAAGCAUCGUCUUGCUUGCUGCAGCGGACGGCAACACUGCCUUUUUGGAGGAGUUACACAGCUGCGGUAUUGAUACCACCGCCACAGGGAGUCUUGGAAGUUCGGCAAUACACGUUGCUGCGUACUACGGGCACCUGGAAACUUGCAAAACGUUGGUCGUGCAAGCGUAUGAGUCCAACAAGCAAAUUUCUUUCCCCCUACAUUCCGCCGUGGCUGGAAGGAGCUUAGACAUCGUUCAUUCAUUACACCGAAAUAAGAUCGAUGUCAACGAAGUUUUUGAAGACCUGCGGGAAGCCCGGUCUGUAUUUCGAAAGUGGGAAACGGGGGGGCGUCAGGCAAUGUCACUGGACCGUUUGUUCACUGCCCUUGACGUAGUACUGGAGUUCAACAGGUUCGAUAUGACCCACUGCUUACUGGAUAAAGAAGCGGAGAAUCCACUCUGGGGUGCCUGUGCCACCACAAACUGCCAAGAAGACGUCGAAGGGCAGGAACUUGCAAAGAUUACUCCAAAGGCUGGAGCAGACCCACCUUGGGGAGUCCGGACGCCUUCAACAAUCAGCAACUACAGAUAUAGCAUUUGCUGCCAAUUCAGAGAAGCAUUGAAACACGACACUGGCCUGGCACAGCGAUUGGUUCUUGAUGCUCAUCAACACGACUUAUGGGACGAUCCCUACAUGUCAAUUCUAGAAGCGGCUAUCAUCACCUGCCACGAAAACACGGUGGACAAGAUAUUCGCACUGAAUCCAGGUGCUUAUGAUCCCGGCGCCCUUUAUGCCAAAGUUCUAUUUUCCACAGGUUCCAGAGACAACAUAACCAUUAAUCGACUUCUCUCGAACCGCCCUCAAUCUGAAGAGACAUCACCUUUAGAAGCGCUCGCUAUCGGAUUGGCUGCCUGGAGUGGCCAGACGGAAGUACUUGAGAUGCUCCUAGCUGAAAUUGAUCAGCCAAUGCUGGCCAAGGUACCCAGAGCACUGUGCAACGGACUGCCAAGAUUUUCUCCAUUCAAAUUCGCCAUUAACGGGUUGCCUUUCUGGCACCGACCACCUUACGAUCUUCAAUUCACCUCGCCAAUCCUUUUCGCACUUGGGUCAAUAAAGACGCUGUCUCUCGUGUUGAAUCAUGGAUACAAAUCCGACAGGUUAACAAUGCGUGCGGCAAUUAAUGAUUUUGACCGGGACAUCGUCAAAACAUUGUUGAAGUCUCCCAGACUGUCAAAUUGUCCUGGUUACACUCAAGGACCCUUGUCAUACGUUGUGGCGCGUGAACAGCACGAUGUAGUGCGGUUUCUGCUGGAAAAUGGAGAAGACGUCAACGAGGACAACAGUCAUGUGCACGGCUACGAUUGGGAGAGUGCCAGAAGUCCUCUGCAAUCAGCUGUCGGGAAGAGCGAUCUAUACCUAAUUGAUCUUCUGCUGAAGUCCGGUGCUGACGUCAAUACUCCCGCCGCCAGAUAUAGGGGGGCAACCGCUGUACAGCUUGCAGCGAUCUCAGGGAGACUGGGAAUUCUGAGAACAUUGAUCGACCAUGGAGCCGAUGUCAACGCACCUGGUGCUGAAUCCGGAGGUCGCACAGCGUUGGAGGGUGCGGCAGAGCAUGGGAGGAUUGAUAUUAUCCAGUAUCUUCUUAGUCUAGGAGCACGGACGACUGACAGAGAUCGCAUGCAGUACCUUCGCGCGAUCCGGUACGCCCAGCUGGAAGCGCACGAAGCCGCGGCAAGCCUUCUCAGAGAUCACCGGGAGUGGACGGCAGACGACCAAAUUCUAUGGAAAACGUUGGCGGGUUUGGAUCGUGAGCAAUUGGAAUCCUUCAAAGAGGAUACACAAGAAGUACCGUCGUCAUUGAAUCUGUUGGGGGAUACCGUAGCUCUCAACGACACCGAGGUGGGAGACGCGUCAACGAAGGACGGCUCUGGCCCAUUGGGGCCUUAUGAAGACGUCUACGAUCCUACUGAAGGAAUGGAGCCGCCCGAUGACUUGCAAGAUCUGGAAAUGAGGAUGAGUGAUCCUAUGGUAUUCAUGAUAGGGGAGAUGUGA